UGAAUUAAAAUUAUUGUACAUUCACUGCUUUACAAAUAUUUUAAGAUGGUAUCAUCUCAGAAUGGAUACACUUUGACUACACGUAAAGGGGAUAUAGCCUAUAUAAUUUACAAUUCCUUGGUCUGUGAAUUAUUCCCACCUGGAAGCUGUAUUGACGGGGUAAGAAUGGUGAUACCUAUUACUACAAGGGGCGUAUCACUACCAAGAAUGAACAGAGCAUCCUUGAGUGAUGCAGUUAUAUUAGUAGUAUGUGACGUCUCGAAACGUCACAUGCAACGAGAUCCAACUCCUCUCCAUCUAUAUCCAAAGGGAGCUAUAAGGAGAAGCCUGUGCGCUCAGGUUAUGCAACAAGCAGCUGCGACGUCUGUCUUAAAAUGUUACUGCUCGUGUGUAAGUGCUGUGUUUUGGGUUGCCUGGAGCGGGGAAAAUAAAGCAAAUGAGUCAACAGAAGCCUUGUCUGGCUAACAACAAUAAUUCAAGAAUAAGAAGCUCCAGUCCUGGGAGUAGAAAUGAGAGCCAGGACUAUCUACUAAUGAGUUCAGACUUCGAAGAAUGCUGCACGGGAAGGAGCAAUGGUGAUAGACACAUGCACAUCCGGCAGACCAUGCCGAAAGGGAGGAGGCAGGCGGUCCGGGGGCCUGCUUACAUGUUUAAUGACCGUUCAAACAAUCUCUCUCUGGAAGAGGAGAGGUUUUUGGAUGCAGCUGAAUAUGGAAACAUCCCUGUGGUCAGGAAGAUGCUAGAGGAGAAUCUGGACCUCAAUGUGAACUGUGUGGACUACAUGGGCCAGAAUGCACUGCAGCUAGCUGUUGCCAAUGAGCACCUGGAAGUCACUGAACUGUUGCUUAAGAAAGACAAUCUGUCUCGGAUUGGGGAUGCCCUCCUGUUAGCCAUUAGCAAGGGCUAUGUCCGUAUUGUGGAAGCCAUCCUGGGCCACAAGACCUUUUGUGAGACUAAAAGGCUAACCACCAGCCCAAGCCAAGCUGAACUGCAACUUGAUGACUUCUAUGCCUACGAUGAAGAUGGGACGCGCUUUUCUCAUGACGUGACGCCCAUCAUCUUGGCAGCUCACUGUCAAGAGUACGAAAUCGUUCACACACUAUUGCUAAAGGGCGCCCGCAUUGAAAGGCCUCAUAACUAUUUCUGCAAAUGUAGAACGUGCAGCGAUAAUCAGAAACAUGAUUCUUUUAGCCACUCCAGGUCCAGAAUUAACGCCUACAAAGGUCUGGCGAGUCCGGCAUAUCUGUCCCUUUCUAGUGAAGACCCUGUGCUGGCUGCCUUGGAGCUCAGCAAUGAGCUAGCUGUGCUGGCUAAUAUAGAGAAGGAAUUUAAGAACGACUACAAAAAACUUUCUAUGCAAUGCAAGGACUUUGUCGUGGGACUUCUUGACCUGUGUCGAAAUACAGAGGAAGUAGAAGCCAUUUUGAAUGGAGAUGUCGAUGUAAAUAAAACCAGUGGGCCACAUGGUCGUCCCAGCCUUAUUCGAUUAAAACUUGCCAUUAAAUAUGAACUGAAAAAGUUCGUUGCUCAUCCCAACUGUCAGCAGCAACUCCUGUCCAUCUGGUAUGAGAACCUCUCAGGACUACGUCAGCAGACGACGGCUGUGAAAUUCUUAGUGGUUCUCGGGGUAGCCAUCGGACUGCCCUUCCUGGCUAUGAUUUACUGGAUUGCACCCUGCAGCAAGCUUGGGAAGCUUAUGAGAGGCCCCUUCCUGAAGUUUGUGGCCCACGCUGCAUCGUUUACCAUUUUCCUUGGGCUACUGGUCAUGAAUGCCGCGGACCGGUUUGAAGGAACCACACUGCUGCAUAACGAAUCCACCAGCGAGCCAGGACAGCUCUUCAGAAUGAAAACAACCUGCUUCUCAUGGACCGAGAUGCUGAUCAUCGCUUGGGUGGUUGGCAUGAUAUGGGCAGAGUGUAAAGAGAUUUGGUCUCAGGGUCCUCGAGAAUAUCUGCUAGAGCCGUGGAACUUUCUAGAUUUCGGAAUGCUGGCAAUUUUCAUGGCAUCUUUCAUUGCGAGGUUCAUGGCCUUUUGGCACGCCUAUGAAGCACAGGUCUACGUUGACAAGAACAUCAAGGAUCUGGCCAACGCAACUCUUCCUUCAGAGAUUGAGUACUAUACAUUGGCUCGUAUGAAAUGGCUUCCCUCGGACCCGCAGCUUAUCUCAGAAGGCCUGUAUUCCAUUGCAGUAGUUCUGAGCUUCUCCAGAAUUGCCUAUAUUCUGCCAGCGAACGAGAGCUUUGGGCCUCUGCAGAUAUCCCUUGGGAGGACAGUGAAAGAUAUCUUUAAAUUCAUGGUGAUAUUCAUCAUGGUCUUCGUGGCCUUCAUGAUUGGAAUGUUUAAUCUUUACUCCUACUACCUUGGAGCAAAACAAAACGAUGCCUUUACAACGGUCGAAGAGAGCUUUAAAACAUUGUUCUGGGCCAUAUUUGGACUUUCAGAAGUCAAAUCUGUUAUAAUUAAUUACGGACACAAGUUCAUUGAGAAUAUUGGCUACAUCCUGUAUGGAGUUUACAACGUGACCAUGGUCAUUGUCCUGCUGAACAUGCUGAUAGCGAUGAUCAACAGCUCUUUUCAAGAAAUUGAGGCCGAUGCUGAUGUGGAGUGGAAGUUCGCCAGAGCUAAAUUGUGGUUCUCCUAUUUUGAGGAAGGCAGGACGCUCCCAGUGCCCUUUAACCUGGUCCCGAGCCCCAAGUCUGUGAUCUACCUUCUAGUGAAAAUAAAAAGCAUCAUAGUGAUGCUGCUCCGGUGUGAAAAGAGUGACCUGAAAGGGGAUGCUGAGCUGAACGAGCUUGGCCAAAACAAAAAUUCCAGUGUCAGAAGCUCUGCCUCGCAUACACUAUACCAGAAGAUAAUGAAACGCCUCAUAAAACGAUAUGUAAUAAAAGCACAAAUCGAUAAAGAAAGCGAUGAAGUCAAUGAAGGUGAACUGAAAGAAAUCAAGCAGGACAUAUCCAGCCUGCGUUAUGAACUACUGGAAGAGAAGUCCCACAACACUGAAGACCUGGCCGAACUCAUAAGAAAACUCGGCGAGAAACUGUCAAUCGAGUCCAAACUUUUAACAAGCACUGAGCAUCAGAGAAAAGCCUGACAAACUGCCAAUUAAAUAUCUUUUUAAGUAUAGCGGCUCAAGACAUGCACAAUGAUGAUACCACAUACAGGGAUUCAUGAAACUUUAACACACGCUUUAAAUAAUGAAUCUAUCGUAGUCAUGACAUUUUCCUUGGCGGUUCAGGAGUUUUUCUCAUCUUUCCAAACACUUCUAUACACAUUUUUUUUUUUUAAUAAACGUCUUUCAAUUAAGUGUGAAUAUUCACAAAGCUUGAAUUUGUUUAAAUAAUUGUACAGCACAAAAUAGGUUGUAGGUCUCAACAUAAGUUUCUCAGGCAAGGUGCAAUUUGAAAUGUACUCCACUUUUUUUUUUUUGGUCUUUUUAUUAACUCAUGAAUUAUUUUUGCAUAUCACAGAAGUUCCUGUAUUAGGAACAAGUACUGUAUUUGCAAUCAAGAGGUAGGCAAGAGAGCACUGUAUGAAUAAUAAAUGCAGUUUGGCUCUGCACUAAUGGGUGACUAAAAUUGCAGACCUCAAAGAUAUGUGUACCAUAUAUUUCAAAAUGAUCCAACUGGUUGAAAAAAAUAUAUUUUACAUUAUAUAGAUAAUGCUGAUAUGUUACAUCAUUUUGACCCACUUUUAUGUGGUGUGAUAUCCAUAUACUUUGCCUAUAAGCCAAUCCCUGACCUAAUAUUGGAAAAGCAAAACAAUGUGAUAUUGAAUGGGGUAAGCUGAAAAUCACUAAAUGCUUUUUAUAUUUGCAAUAAGGAUGUCAGUUAAAAAAACAAAAAGCAGAUACGUCAUCCUGACAUCCGUGUUUAUUAUUCUGACAAAUGUAGAUCUACCUUUAAACUGUUUAAAAAUAGCAACAUCUACACACUACGUCUGUAUGAGUUAUACCAUUAUAUAAAAGCAACCUGUGAGAUUGUCACAUAAAGUCAUGCCAAAAACUAUUAUACCUAUCUAUCUAUUAUAAAGAUAUACUUUUUUGUGUUUGUUUUUGUACUUAAUAUGCGAUUUUUCUCAUAUGGUUAAAUACAAACUUAUUUUCUACUAUCAGAAGGACGUUCUAUGAUGGCUAUUUAAAAUAAACACUGUUGCACCUUUUUAAUAAGAUUUGCAGUUGUUAGAAAUGUCUAUGGCACCAAACCCUUUGUAGCCCAGUAUAUUAGUUAGGCAAUAACUUGCAGUUUGAUUCUGCCUCUAUGUGUAUUUCUGCCUGACUGGUUUAUCCAUCACAGAAAUGUGGGUAACGUUUGGCAAGACAAAAAUAAGUAUUUCAUUGAUUUGCAAUUAUCCAUGUAAUGUGAUGUAAAGACACCUAUAAAGCCUGGUGGAUAGGGGCUCUCCAGGACCAGGGUUGGAGAGCCCUGCAGUAGGGCAAUGUAACCAUAUUCAAAUGACAAGAUAGCAGUAUUAUUCCAUAACUUAAUAUCCAAUGUUUUAAAUAGCUUUCUCUAUCAAGCUGGUUUGACAGACCCCUUCAAUAGGUAAGUUAGUCAAAGAGUAGUGGUGAUCAGGGUCUGUGAAACAAACCAUUAAUUGGAGCAGGAAAACACCUGAAUACGUCUUAAUAAACAGAAUAUAUGAGCAUGACAUUGCAACGGCAGUCUGAUGUUGGAUACCCUUCUGCAUGUAUAUAUUGACAGUUCUUUAACAUGGAAACGGAACUUCAAUAAAUGAGUCAUAGCAUUUGAAUGAAAUACUUAUUUAUGCCAUCUAAAAUAGAGCGUUACCAACAUGUUUAUACUGAAUAAAGUUUGUAAAUACACAAUUUCUUUUUUUUUUUUUUUUUUUUUUUUAAUA